AUGUUCGCCCGUGGCGGCCCUAAGGAGAGGGGCUCACCUGGGAAGGCGUCACCGCCGGCGCCUUCCUACAUGUCCAACGAGCAGUUUUCUGCAUACCUCGCAGACCUUCGUAGCAACCGUAUCAACCGACCCGCCGGCGCACGCCCUCCACCCGUCCCCAGACACGAUGCCGCAGGUCCCAUUGUCGGUAGUCGACCCUCUAUCGGUGGCCCCUCCCCAUCCGCGUCGUCGCUGCCCCAUAAUUCGCUCCAUCAGAGGGCACAGUCCGACACCGCGAGCCUGAAGCCCUCCGCAAGCCGCCCGUCGCUCGCCCCGAGUAUCUCAUCCUACUCAACCAUGGGCCGCGGGAGGGACUAUUAUCCAGACCAGCCGACGAAGCCCCUAAAGCCAUCGGAAGUCGUUCCCAGUGCAACGUACAUGGAGCGUGGCCAGCGAUGGAUGGAGAAAGAGGAGGCAUUCUCACUCCGCCGGGCCAUGGAGGACAUGGACUUGAAGGACCUGCCAGAGAAUAACGGGGAAGAGAAUCCGGAAAACGAUGACGACAAGCGCCUCUAUGACGCCGCUUUGGACGAGGCUGCCGAGCUGGUGUGGCAGCACCAGAACCCGGGCCGAAUGCCCCAACCCGGAGCGCCCUACCGAUACCGGCCACACCUGCGCAAGAAUAGUUAUGCACAUGCCCGGACCGCUAGCGUUGGCAGAUAUGGCGUGGACGUUGCCCCAACGGGCCUUGCGCGGGACCCUCGGUCUCCGAGUUCCGUGUCUGGGAGCUCGAGUGAUAACGACGAACGGGGUGUUGUGUCUGGCCGCCCAUCCUUUUCCUCUUCGCGCCAGGGGCAAGGCCACGAAACAAGCGGUGUGGCACGAACCCCUGCCGUGUCGGAGUAUAAGAGUUCAAAGCCGUACGGCGAGAUGCCGACCGGUUCUCGUGGUGUUCCAGUCGGUCGGAGUCGAAGCAGGCAGAAGAGGAACAUUAGCGGCGACGCCCAGAAACCUUUCUCCGGCGACCAGAUCUGGGAAGAACCUGACAGCGAGCCGUCGGACAAGACCUCUCAAGAUCCCAUAUCGGACGAGACCGCCAACCCAUUGCGGCCAAAGCCGAGAGAACCGAUGAACCGGCUGCAGUUUUCCCGCAGGGGAGCGGGAGGAGUCAAGAUGGACCAGCAGCGCUCUGCCUCUCCCGACAAGCUGGUGUCCAAAUACGAAAUUCACCGGAAUCCGCCGAGCCAGUCCCGGAAUCCCCAGUACACCACUAACUCCCGCGCUUCCACCCAACCGCCCCAGCACGAGGAUGUUCCCCGCAAGCAUGGCAUGGAGAUCCGCAGUGAUGACAUCCGGGAGGCUACGAGCAUGAAGCUCAAGGAUCGCAGUCCCAAGCUCCCCACUCCGUCUGCGGUCAGCGAUAGCCCUGGUAGACCUAUCGUAAGCUUUAAGAAAGAUUGGAAGCCCCAAGAGGAGGCUACUGACGGCCAGUCAGAAGUGUCGACGCCUGGGCGGGCGGGCAGCAGCCACCCGUCGUGCCUCAUCCCGGGCGGCCUCCGUCAACAACAGCAGCCGAAGCAGCAGCAGGCGCCCCAAGAAACCCGCUCGAUCCCUGCUCUCGCUAUUACAGAGGAUGCUGCAGCCCCGUUGGCCUCGCCGGCAUCGCCGACCCGCCGUGCACAACCCGUCCCCCCCACCAUUCAAGUAAACGCGCCUCCAUCUGUGCCCUCGAUUUCGGUCUCCGACUCUUCCGCGCCUACGCUACCUGCCAUCGUCGUUGAUGACGCCCCGAGCAUCCCUCUGAUUGUCACGCCCGACGACCAGGCCCCCAACACUGGCGGUGGUACAAGCCCUCGCCGCCCACUCCCUACGCCUCAAGCCGGGGCGCCUCGGGUUCGACCAGCAGCCCGGUCGCGGGGAGGUGGGGGACAUUGGUCUAACGCUUCGAAGUUGGCCGGUAAUCGGGCCACUGCCCGCUGCCAUGAAUGCGGCGAUUUUAUCGAAGGUCGUUUCGUGUCCCUUGCUGGCACAUCGGAGCGUUUCCACCCGCAAUGCUUUACUUGCUAUACUUGUGGUACCUCUCUCGAGGCCCUCGAGAUUUCGCCGGAGCCUGAUGAGCACCGUGCAGCACGCCUCGACCGCAUUACCCGCCGCGCGGCGGGCGAGAUGCUCCCCGAGGAACCCGGCCAAACGAUGGCCGAAGACGGCGACGAGCGGCUGCGCUUCUUCUGCCAUCUUGAUUGGCACGAGCUGUUUGCGCCGCGCUGCAAGCACUGCAAGACACCCAUCAUGGGCGAGCACGUGGUGGCAUUGGGAGCGCACUGGCACUUUGGUCACUUUUUCUGCGCGGAGUGCGGCGACCCGUUUGAGAAGGGCAUGACGCAUAUAGAGAAAGAUGGCUAUGCCUGGUGCGUUGGCUGCCAGACGAAGCGCACCGAGCGUAGGGCCCCCAAGUGCCGCAAGUGUCGCACUGCUGUCAUCGGUCAGUAUAUCCGCGCCCUCGGCGGCGAAUGGCACGAUGACUGCUUCCGUUGCGCCACCUGCCACGGCGGGUUCGAUGAUGGCCAAAUCUUCCCCAUGGAAGGUCGGGGGGCGCCCGGGGAGACGGUGGUGUUGUGUACCAGUUGCAUGGAAAAAGAGUUGAAGGCGUGA